CCCUCCCUCCCCCAAACACAUCAUGGACACCCCAAUUGUUCUGGACAACGGAACAGGAUUUGUUAAGGUUGGUUAUGCUAAAGACAAUGCUCCGCGGUACCAAUUCCCAUCUAUUGUAGGUAGACCAAUUUUGCGCGCUGAAGAGCGCACGAACAAUGUCGAAAUCAAGGACAUUAUGGUUGGUGAUGAGGCAGAAGCCGUCCGUUCACUUCUUCAGAUUAAAUAUCCCAUGGAAAACGGUAUUAUUCGCGAUUUCGAGGAAAUGACACAUCUUUGGGAUUAUACGUUCCAAAACAAAUUGCAGGUGGACACCCGUGGUCGUAAAAUCCUGCUCACAGAACCUCCCAUGAAUCCGUCGUCCAACCGUGAACGGAUGUGUGAGACUAUGUUUGAACGGUACGGCUUUGACGGUGUUUACGUCGCCAUUCAGGCCGUUUUGUCUCUGUACGCACAAGGUCUUAGUAGUGGUGUUGUCGUAGACUCCGGUGACGGUGUUACACACAUUGUCCCCGUGUACGAGAGUGUCGUUCUCAACCAUCUUGUUGGCCGUUUAGACAUUGCCGGCCGCGACGCUACCCGGUACCUUAUCAACUUGCUUCUUCGUAAGGGUUACGCUUUCAACCGUACAGCUGACUUUGAGACUGUCCGUCAAAUCAAGGAACAACUCUGUUAUGUCAGUUAUGACCUUGAACAGGAUCAUCGUUUGAGUGAGGAAACCACCGUUCUCAUGCGCUCAUAUACACUCCCUGAUGGUCGUGUUAUCAAACUUGGUUCUGAACGUUUUGAAUGUCCCGAGUGUUUGUUCCAACCUCAUCUGGUUGGCAGUGAACAACCCGGUGUUGCUGAGUUCAUUUUCAACACGAUUCAAGCGGCCGACGUUGAUGUCCGUAAGGAUUUGUACCGCGCCAUUGUCCUUUCAGGUGGUAGCAGUAUGUAUGCCGGAUUGCCUUCCCGGUUGGAAAAGGAGCUCAAACAGCUCUGGCUCGAGCGUGUGUUGCACGGCGACCCGACACGCCUCUCCAACUUUAAGGUUAAGAUUGAAGAUGCUCCCCGUCGUAAGCAUGCUGUGUUUAUUGGAGGUGCCGUGUUGGCCGACAUUAUGGCUCAAAACGAUCAAAUGUGGGUCUCUAAAGCCGAAUGGGAGGAGUUUGGCGUUCGUGCCUUGGACAAGUUGGGUCCUCGUUCCACCUAGGCUCGUUUUUCUUUCCUUUCUCUCUCUCUUUCUUAUUCACUCCCACGCGCUCAUACACACACUCUCUUCUUAUUUUUCUCUCUUCUUGACUAUAAAAUUCGUGUUAUUUUUGAUGAAAUCAAGGAGUUACGAGAACAAAUAGAGGGCACAAGAAAAAAAGGCCUAAUCUUUACUAUUUGCCAUUUGUCGUAACAAAAAUUGAAUUGGUAAAAGUAUGAAGAAGAGUGGGGCGCGGAAGGUGCAUAACCAAACGAGUCUUCUGCUCACCUAGGACGCCAACACUAUAUUGCCGGCAUUACGAUGCCCUUUACAAACUUGGGUGCAUGUACUUAUCCGUUAUACAAAAAGGCACUCAUGAGUCUGUACCACCGUUCUCUUCAUAACAUCUUACUAGACCAUACAGAUACGUUCUUGGGUCGAGACUCGGGACAUUUACGCAACUACGAACAGCAUCUUGUGAUACCUCACUUGUUAUUUUACUUACGAAUGAACGAACGACCGAAUGAAACUAGUUUGAUCCGUUGA